AUGGAGCAAGAUGCACACCGAGCAAGGCAGAGCGACAUCCGCCGGGAGUCCGACUUCGCUCCCUCUCAUUAUUUGAGGCUGCUGAAGACUCACAAUCCCAACUUGUCAAGAUUGCCUGCAACAAGAAAGCCGAAGAGUGGUCGGAAUAAAGGGCAGCCACAGCUUCAGCCCCUAGGUGAGGAUCGCAAGGACCGUAGAGACACAGACAAUGAUCACCCUCAUGUCGGUGCACUCACAAGCCGCUCGGAACGCCGCUCAGAGCAGGAUGUUCCCAUGCCUCCACCAAGCGCACAGAAGAGCCGCAGUUUAGGCGGAGGGGGAGGCGGUGGAGGCAGCGGCGGCCGAGAAGAGAGGUUCGACAGUCGAAGCUUAGCGGCCGUCGGCUUGACCGAACUCGCGGCAACGGAACAAUGCCCUCACUGCUCUCGAAGGUUUUCUCGAGAAGCCGCAGCUCGACAUGUGCCGAUCUGUGCAGGCAUCAAGUCCCGACCGAAAGCUCCGAAGGAACCCAUGGUAUACUUCACAGAUGCUCUUGGACGGAGACAGGCAAGUCCUAAAGCAGAGGCUUUUUCUAACCCCAGCACACCAAGCAGUUCACGCCGGCCCCGAGCAGUCUCACCGUUCCAGUUUCCCUCAGAGAUCUCGGAGACCACCGAGAGCCGAGAAACUCUGAAACAACAGUGGUCCCUCGCUCAGUUCCUCUUGCGUGACGGACUCGAAGCAGUAGCAAGUGACUCCGCCAUCAUGCGGACGGCACGUGGAGCUCAAGACUGCCUGGAGUUCUUGGAUAUCUUGGAGGAGUGUGCUGGAAAGCUCGGAAUGCGCACAGGUGCGUUGUCCAGAAUGCUCCUGCCUUUCAACUCGGAAACGGACUCUGGCGACCAGGCCAACAGUGCGCUCGAGGCACCUCUUGGUAGCCCCGAGCUGGAGGGCUUGCUGUCGGACCGGGAACGACAGGAGCUGGUUCAGAGAGCUGUCGCCCUUAGAAGACUUGUGCGUGUGAAGGUCGCUGACUGCGCAGAUGUGCAACAGGCACGCGACUCCUUACAGCUUAUAGCCAACUUCCUCAAUGCCCUUCGAAAGACAGCAGAGGAAGAGAAGCGAUCUUUGACCUGCAUUCUUCGGGAGCUAUGA